CCUACAACUGAGAGUGAACUGCUUAGAGUGCCUUGACUAACUAGGACCUUUUGACAUUGCAGUGAUACCUCAGUGGAACUCAAAGCAAUGGCACUGCAUACUGUCCUGCUUUUGUCCAUUAGUUGGUCUUCAGUGCUGCAUGAAGGGUUAGGCUUCCCUGUCAUUGGCCAGUCUGAAGUGAAUGAACCAGAGCCUGCACACAGAGUGCGCACUAAACGAUGCUCCUGCAACAACCAGAUGGACUCUGAAUGUCACUACUUCUGCCAUCUGGACAUAAUCUGGGUGAAUACCCCAAGUAAGAUUACUGUGUAUGGUCUGGGCAGUCCUCUGGCUCGGCGGCGGAGGUCUGCAGGCCGCUGCCUCUGUGCCAAUUCUGCUGAUCAAACCUGCAGCAGCUUCUGUGUCCACAGCUUAGAAGAGGUCAGAAGAGUCAUGCUGAAGAACCUAUCUGAGCUACUAAAAGAUCAAUCAGAAAGCCCUACAGCAGACCUGCACAGUGCCUUGAAAAAGCAACACAAUGUUGCUCCAGUAGUAGUGGUUGAUGGAACUGUGGACAGAGCUUGUAUAGAUGUUCUCACAUUCCUCAGAAGAGCCAGGACAAUGAAGAGGAUUCCUGCUCCUAGACAGAGGGGCUCCAGGGUCUUUAGACUGGCUAUAGCUAAAUUUAGGCUGGGAACAAUGAGGACAGCAAGCACCUGAAAAAACCCCACCCUCACAGCCUGUCUGGCAGAAGGGAGUGUCAAGCAUGAAAACAUCUACAAGGGAGAGAAAAGAGCAGAGGGCAGCAGGAUGGACAGAGAGUGAACAUUUAAAUCACAUGUGAAGUCCAGCUGGGAAAAUGCUGAGAGGCAGCAGAUGGAGAAUGGCUCUGUGGUUCCAAAACUGGUUUUACAAACCAAGGAAGGUGAAUAAUGAAGAAGAGCUGAGCUGUCUGCCUUCAAGACAUUAUAGACGUUGGUGGUCCUUCUUCUAAAACCAUGAUAACAGUUAUUGAUAUGGAUUUAAAGGCUAUGUGGGAAGGUAAAUAAAAUCACAUAGGUUAUGUUGGCUGAAGUACAUCUUAAGUUGCAUUUUGUUAUGUGGAAAAAGCAGAAAAUAUUUUUUCAUGAAAGAGUACUUCUUGCAAUGAUUUUUAUGAUUGCUGCUGUAGACUGGUUCAGUUCCUUUUAUAUCUCUACAGAGUGCAAGAACUGAAAAACUGCACUAAACAUUUCUUUACCUAAGAAAGAUCAAAGGUCAUGUUAUAGCUUACAUUUGCUUUAUCAUUAUAGGGCAUACUAUUCAAACUACUCGCAGAAGUCUCACUGGCUUCAGUGGACAUUGUUUAACAUUGUUUAUGCUUUUGAUUAGCUGUUUGUUAUCUGUUAUGGCAACAGCUGACAAUAGAGCUGGGUGUGCCAAAAACACUUUCCUAGUUAUAGAGGAGGGAACAUAGCUGAUUUUUAAUUACUUAGUGACAGUAUUUUUACAGUGGUUGAAAUGUAGAUUUGACAAGUAAUGGCAAUAAAACCUUUUGAAAAGGAGUUGGUUAAAUAACACUGGAUGGUCAAAGACCAAGUUGGGAGUUGUGCACUUGUCUUGAAAGACCUUCGCAGGGGCAGGCACAAUGUCAAUAUGUUUACCUAGUGGGUGUCAUAGUUCAGAGCAUAUUAACUUUGCUUGAGUUACCUAGUAUGGAAGUAUAUACUCCUAGCAAGAAUUUAAUUAUAUCCCUUUGAUACUUAUGUCUGUAAUAUUAGUAUCCAUAUUGGUAGCUUAAUUAGAGAAUGUAGUCAUGAAUGCUCUUCACCAAAAUUUGCAUUUCAUAAUGGAGUUGCAUGAGCUGUAAAAUACGUUAUUAAAUCAUUUUGGAUGUUUUAUAUUUUCUAUUGUCAUUCUAAAUUGACUAGUUACAAUAAUUAAUUUUACUAUUUCCACUACCACCUUGUGCAAUGACAAAAUGUGCCAGUUAUUGGCCACCUUUAAAGGAUUAAUGUGUGUAUAAAACAUUAACUGUGGUGAGGUGCAUGUAAAAUGAGUGUGUUUUGGAGAAUGAGAAAAUUCCACAGUCAGAGUAACAGGAAGAGCAAAGUAAUUACUAAAGCAAACAGGUGCAUAAAUCAGGAAGCUGACAAAUGGCACAUGGACAAGUAACAUUAGACAAUAGCCAUAUGAAAACAAGUGUAAUGCUUUCCUCCUGCAUUUUGCACAAUCCACUAGCUUGUGAGCCCUGUAGGUCUGUGAAUAUACUUAUAUUUACUUCUUAUAUCCUGUGUGUCAGAAUUUCAAUAUGGACAAAGCCUUAUAAACUGACCUCAGAUGACCUUGUAAAUCUAAAACCAUGAGGCCAAUGAAUAAAUUGUUUGAAGUUUUUCUGACUGAGGUAUCAGCAGAAAUACCUGAUUGAUCAUUUCCACUGCUAGUUCACUUUGUCACUGCAGUAUCGGUGGUAGUGGUAAUGCUAGAAUAUAAAUGUACUUCCUCCUUCAUGUUUUUGUAUUUCUUUCUUAUUUAUGAGAAAGGAACGAGAUGAAGGCAAUGUAAAUUAAAUGUUAAUAUCUGAGACUGGCUUUGUGUGUCAAAAUCUAGCCAGGCAGUCUAUGUAAAUUGUUUACAGUGGCAUUACAGAGUGUUUGAAAUUGAUUCUUCAACAUGUUUUGUACUUGUUCUUAUAAUUAGAUCUCUGUCAAUAUACUGCU